GGGGAUACUAUUUACCAAGAAUAGUCUGGAGAAAAUGGGAACAGGGAACUAUGAAGAACCUGAAGCAGGAACUGGAUAACCCUGUGCUGGAAGAAGAGAAACGAGAGAAAAUGUUAAAAAAAUUGGUCGCUUAUCUUACUGUAUCAAGAGUCUCCCACAAGCUGUAUGGACGGGGGUAUAUAUAUAGUUACAUAGCUGCUAUCCUCAAUUCUAUUUUACAGAUUUACUUGACCAGCAUGUUUCUUAAUAUCUCGUUUGAAGAGUUCACUGACUUAGCUUUUUCCAGAGACUCUAGACAAAGUACAAGAAUUUUUCCAAAGAUGAGUAAAUGCACAUUUUACAAAUUUGGACCAUCAGGUGGCAUGGUGAAUUUAGACGCGGUUUGUCUUUUACCCCUGAACAUUUUAAAUGAAAAAAUGUAUAUUUUUCUCUACUUUUGGAUGUUGGCUUUGCUGACAGCCAAUAUUAUAUCAUUCUUUUAUUAUUCUCUUCAUUGGGCAUUUCCAGUAAUAAGACUAAGGCAUCUCCAAUAUCAUCUGAAGGGACGUCUAAAAGGUCCGUGUUUAAAGAAAAUAAACCGACAGUUUGGGGAUUGGUGGCUCCUUCAUCUCUUACAUAAAAAUAUUGACAGUCUGGGGUACGAGGCCUGGAUUUGGCUUCAAGUCUGGGGUACGAGGCCUGGAUUUGGCUUCAAGUCUGGGGUACGAGGCCUGGAUUUGGCUUCAAGUCUGGGGUACGAGGCCUGGAUUUGGCUUCAAGUCGGAAGACGAACCUUUCAAGAGCUUGUCAGUAAACUGUGUGACCCGGAACAAACGAGCAAAUUAAAGAAAAAUCUCACAUUUAUUGCUCAGGAUCCUCAGACGUAUGAUACUGUAAGAAAUGAAGACGAUUUGAUUGCAAAACUAAAUGAAGACGAUAUAAACAAAGAGCGGGGUGAAGACGACCUAAUCGAAGAACAAGGACAGUUUUUUCUGCCAGGAAACUCUAAGUUUCGGAGAACUACAGUAACAUUUCAAAAUGUUUAAGAUUAAAGAAAAUAAAAUUAAAACACAUC